AUGCCUGCGCCCAGCUUUGAAGAGUUGCUGUCGCCGGUCACGGAAAUGGGUCGACCCGACAAUCCCGACCACGAAUACGACGAAAUGAAUGUGGAAGUGAUCGCCGUUUUGCUACAAUUCCUCUCCAAACGACUCGAUAAUGAACUUGAGAUUAUAGUUGAUUCCCACCUAAGAAAUCAUACGGUCCAGAAUAGCAGAGAGCGAUUGGCGCCGGUGCUGACGUGUCUGAGUGAGGCCUCCCGGGCCAACGCGACGAUUCGCAAAUACCUGCGCCUCAAGAUAUUGCCGCCGCUCAAGGAUGUCAAGGAACGGCCCGAAGAGGGGACCACACUUCGCAACCGAUUGGUGCGACUCAUGACAUCACCGCACACUGAAGUCAAAGAACUG